ACGACAAAACCACCAACGCCAAGAUAACCACCAAAGCACUACAAAAAACGAUCCCACCAACCAGCGCGGCCAAUGCUGCUUUGCCUACUUCCAAGUCUCUGUUAUCUUCUUCCGGGAUGCAAACAGCGCCCAACGGAGCCGGAAAUCGGGUCUGAGGAUCGUUGUCGUCGAAGAAAAUACUGCCCACUUCCAGCAUCUUUACAAGGGUAUAGCCUGUGAGCUAAUAUGCCUCUGCGUCGUAUUCGAGCUGCCAUUACUGGCGCUUCCGCCUCUCCGUCACCCGCUGGAUGUCAUCAAUGGCCUUGUACUCUCAGUAUUUGAGGCAUCGAACAAGGAGCCACGAUACGCGUGAAGAUGAUGGGUGCGAGCGUUUGACGGCAGCAGGAGCGGAACGUGGCACAACAGCAGAAACAGGUGGGUGAGAUUCUGAUGCCUCGGAAUGUAACGAUUUGCGGUGAAAGUCGUGUCCAACGAUGACCGGCGUCGGCGUCGGCGUGUACGCUUCCCUCGACGUCCUCAGCAAUGCAGUCGAAUCUAAGCAAGGUCCACGCACGCAAAGUCGACCAAUGUCGUCGCCGUCAAAGGUGGUGCAGCUCGCUGCCAAGGAGGGCUACUCAGUGCUCAUGAAGGUGAUGGGGCACGCGGUUUGGCAAUACGACUCAGAUGAUGUCCGAAUCACAAACGACGCCGACGCCGACGACUUGCACGAUCCCGACACCGGCCCUGGCAGCGACAACAACUACCAGAAGGUCUUUCUUGCUCUCAAACUACUACUGGUCUCGACUGUGCCUCUGCUUUCCUCAGCGUCCACGGAACUUCCAGAAUAUACCAACUGCAUCCCAGUAUACCACCAGACAAGACCUAUGAGCGACUUCAUUCCGGCUUCUACAGCACAAGCUGCCGCAGCUAGUGGAUUAUGUGAUAGCACCAUCACCCUUGAAAGUCGAGUCCGCAUCGCUCGACGACACCAGGCAGCGGUCGAAGGAUUGAUAGACUCCGUCUGGAAAGAGUCCAGCAUCCAACUGUCACCACCUGAACUUGCCAAGACCAAAGCUCUGGUAGACCAAGACGCAGAGCGAUGCAAAUCUCGACCGAUACUUACCAGAACUCAGUCUAGGAAGGAAGGGAAAUGGAGAAAAGAUGAAACGGGAACGCCCGACAAAGUGUUCACCUGAAGCAGUGUUUUACUCUGCUCCUGUAUCCCCACCUUUCAAGACUUGUUACAUUGCUACUUUCGCUAUCCUAAAGUUUUCCUUUCACCUACCUCACUGUAACAAUUCAAUUUUCUACCGCUCGUCUUUUAAACAGUCAUGUGCAUAGCCCUUUGGGUAUGCACCUAGCUUGAUUGGACAUCCCCAGAGUCUCGCCACGUCUGGCGCGCUCUGCUGAUGAGAUCACCGUUUGGUGAGGAAGUACGAUUUCGAGGGCGUCGGUUGAGGCUUGGUGUCGCCAGUCCUGUUGUAUAAUCUGG